AGCGCGCUACUCUGUAAAAACAGGCGACGGGAGGGGAGCCUUCGCUAACUCUCACUCAGAUGGAGACUUGUCGUUUGGACACCUGGUGACAGCAACUUCUACACGAGGGCUCGCUUUCCAGACGUUUUGCCGAGGAUUAAAUCGCCGUAAAUCCACUAAAAUACGGUCGCACCCCCUCUAGCGGCCGCGGGUGGAACUACGCCUCAGCCCAGCGAGCCGCCGACUCCACAAUCAAUAACCCAACAGAAGGCCAGACAUUCUCAUCUGGGGAAGAGCGCGCUGGUGCUCUCCUCGACGCAAAUUCGAAUCGACUUCGUGUGUUUGUAGACAGAACUUGCCUCUCGGGGACUUGAUUCCAAGGUGCCACUCGGACAAGGGACGGGUGCGGGUCCAGUGCGUCUGUUGGGUCGCGGGUAGGAGGGAGAUAUAUAGAAAAAAAUAUAAAUACAUAUAUAACAGUGAAGAUUGAAGAUAUUUCCCAUUGUUUGAUACCGAUGUGAAGUGAUUUUUUAUAAUAAAAAUAUAUAUAGAAUCCAGAGAUAAAAAAAGUAAUAAUUCGGUGGUGCUGCCUGUGCGACCCAAAUACCUAACCAUAUGAAGGGUUCCAUACCGGUUUCGAAGUGUUUAUGAUCUGUAGCGAAGUGUUUCUUGCAUAGUGAUUGUUAACAAGGUGUGUGGAGCCUUUUGCGCUGUGUAUGUGCGGCUGGCGGCGACAGUCCCUGCGGUGAACAGGUAUGGGACGAAGACGGUACGAUUGGAAUCCCGCACCCGAUCACCCCAUGAAGGAAAGUGACUAGAACUGACAACCCGAAAGAGGAAAAUUAAAAAAGGAAAACGAUUGAUAAAUCUGAUCCCAAAGCAAAACAAAAAGAAAGAAAAAAAGAGGAACAUUAAAAAAAAACUGAAAAAAAGAGAAAAUCGAUCCGUUCGAAAUUCGCGACGGACACGAUGCCCUGAUCUCCCCUCGACGGAGAUUCUCGCCGCCCAUCGACGAUUUUGUGGGCGUUUCUCUCUUUCUCUUCACACCCACCCACUUACACACCCAACGCCCACACUGACACCACGCCCACUGUACCACAUUCGCGCCCAACCUACACAUAACACCAUCCAACCUUUCAUCUUCCUUCGACAUCGCGAAGAAACUAAAUUAAAGAAACAAAAUUUUAAGAAAGGAAAUUAGAAAGAGAAAAACGAACGAGAGAGAAAAAAGAGAGAAAGAGAUUCGAACAAUUCGACGAAACGCGCGCGUCGUUUGCCCGUCCGUGUAAGUGCCUCCAGGACCCUCCCGAACACAAUCCCGCGGGGCGUGGCCUCGUAGGGACCCGCCCACAGUGAAGGAUGUUGUCGUCCUGCUGGUUCACGACUCCCUUCACCGGAUGCUUCAGCACGGCCGUCAAAGGUGGCGUCGGCAGCGGUAUGCAGGAGGGUGGAGAGGGCGAGACACGAGUCCGCGUUAGCCAGUCGGAAGAACGCAGCCGUCGAUUCCUCCGACCGUCGCACCGAAGUCGUUCCGAGGGGCCCCUAGGCAGAGACAUUGAUGAUGAUAGUUUUCUUGUGUCUGAGUACAAGACCCAGUUUGCCUGGGUUAGGAGGCCACCCUCCGCCAGGGGCCCUGAGGCAGCACCGCUCCUCGAGGCGGAAAAGCCGCCGCCCCAAGCCACAAAGAGCCAGGUGAACGGCAGCGCAGGAGGAGCCGCAGGCGACGGCGGAGGAGCUGCCGUGACCAUCAACGAUUCUGAGCCUCCCGCAGCAGGUCAGCAUCACCACCACCACCACCAGCACCAGCAGGAGCAGCCCCGCACGCCUCGUAAGUCCAAGUCGAUGGGUCGCAUUCACGGUGGAGGCGCUGUGCCCGAGGUAGGAGGCGGAGAGGGGGCCGCUGGUGGCCCUCACGCCGCGGGCGCCGCUGAGCACGGGGCCGGCACGGAGGGCCAGCACGACCAGCAGCAGGCAUCGCAACCCCGAACCGACGCUACCGCUGCUGCACCUAACUGGCACCGGGGCCAUCGCCGGACGCCCUCCGAUGGCGUGGCAUGGCGGCACUCCAAAGGAUUGGAGGCUGAUCGAAUCAUUGGCGGGGAAACUAUGUUGGCUUCAUCUGAUGAUAAAUUUUCCAAGAGAGUCUAUAAGUCUGAAUACCGCAAGAAGUUCCGUCCAUUCUCGCAGUACCAAUAUGUGGAUGGCAAAUUCCAUAAGGUGAAGGGCGAUGAGCCGGCAGCUGCAGCAGGCGGCGACUCGGCAAACAACUGGUACAAGGAAGUCAUCGAACUGCGCCGUCAAGCUGGCCAGUAUAGGGCGAGACACGAUAUCGGUGACGUGUGGCGGACAGUCCAGCACCGUGGUUGGGGAGUGGAAACUGCUUCAGAGAGGUUAGCGGAGAUAUACAGUAAGCAAGCAGAAUUAUGGGAACAGGUAUCUCGUAGGUCCUCCCUCCAGGCUCUCUCUCUAGCAUCGGCUACACCCAGCCGGCCGAUCAGUAAGGCAGAGAAGGAGAUAGAGAACUCACGCAGGUCCUCCCCAAUCAAACACGUGAGUACCUCUUCCCGAGAGCGCCCCAGCACAGCGCCUCCAAAGCCCAAGCCUGCCGCCGUGCAUAGCCAGAAGACCGCUGCUGACAAGACCGAUGGAAAGACCUCAAAAGAGUCCACCCCUCGCCACCACUAUGAGCGCACUACAGGUUCAGCAGAGGAGGGUCUUUUGAUCACUUCGCCUUCACGUGACAAGCUUGAACCAUUCAUCCCCGAUGAUUGGUCCACCCGACGCUCAUCACGAAGGACUCCACCAAUCACAAGUCCCGUCAAAGAUGGCCCCAGCAGACGAAGGUCCAAUCGUGCCUCCUCCGUCGCCAGACCAACCCCCACCAGGGACUGUAGGUCCGCAGUAGGAGGCCGGUCCGUAAGCGUUGGCCCAGAGAACCGCUCGCCGAAGCGCACCUCCCGCCCACCCUCCACCCAUGCCACUGCCCCUGCGACCAAGCCGGAGCGACGCCCACGACCAACGUCCCUCUCCACUAGUGCUCGCCGCAAGGGUACUGACGCUUUGCCCCACCGCCCUUCCUCCCACGAUGAUGGUAGCGUGCCUAAGAAAGCCUCUAAAGCUAAGACUCAUGACCACACUGCUUCGCCUAGGAAGGGUGAGGACAAGAGCAAAGUGGAGAAAAAACAGAUUAGUGAGGAAACUGACUCUAAGAAGGACAAAGAAAAGGAGAUUGUGCCCAAGGAUGGACCCAAGGACAUUACGAAGGAUGGAGUUAAAGACAGCCCCAAGGAACCCGUUGAGGCUGUGAAGGAGUCCAGCGCAAGGAAGUCGACCCCCGAGCCCAGAUUCGACCCCGAGAAGUACGAACCAGUGGUCAAGACUCCCCCAGAGCCUACCCGAGUCAAGUCACCAGACCAGAUGAUGGUGAAGAGCCCUGACCCGGUCAAUUGGACCGUUCCCCUGGAUACCGGCAAGACCUUUACCGUGACGCACAACAUCCCAGAAGGUGAAUCAGCACGUGGAACACCUUCCUCCGAGUACCGCCAUGUGUUGGAGUCACGCACUCGCCAGACACCCGAACCCACCAAGCUGAACCAAGGUUCACUCGCAGGCACUCCCGUGUCUGCCAUUGCCUCUGAAGCCAAGUCCCACACUCAGGAGCCCUUCAAGCCUACCACUGCCACAACCGUAGAUCCUAAGAUUGAAGAAAAGCCAAUUGAGAAGAAGCAAGAGGCAAAACCAACAGAGAUCAUCAAGCAUGCUGAACCAAAACCUGUAGAGACUAAGACCCCAGAGGUGAAACCAGAACAGAAGCCAGAACAGAAGCCAGAGCAGAAGCCAGAGCAGAAGCCAGAGCAGAAGCCCACUGAAGCCAAGGCCCCAGAACCAAAACCCACUGAAACCAAGGCACCAGAGCCUGUUUCAGCUGAGGUUAAACCAGCUGACACCAAAGUCCCAGAGACUAAGCCAGCUGAUGUGAAGGCACCUGACACAAAGCCUGUAGAACCAAAGGCCCCAGAGCCAAAACCAGCGGAAGCCAAGUUGCCACUGACAUUUGAAAAGGAAAAGUCAGAACCACAGCUCUCUGAUAUCAAAGCCUUUGAGCCUAUGAAGAAGGAACAGACCCCUGAGGCAAAGAAGUCAGAGCCUCAGCCCCUCCAGCAGCCGCAGCCUACACCACUGGCCCAGCAACCGCAGGCACCACCAAGUCCAACUGCACCUAAACAGGCUUCCCCUGUGGAAGAUGUUCUUCCUGCUUCAGGUGCGGUUGAUCCUAUGACAAUGUCCAUGUUUGGCUCCCUCAAUGGCAUGAAUGGCAAGAGCUCAGGUACACCAUCUCCUACCAAGCCUGAGGUGCCCCUUCCCUCUGAACCUGCAAAGGAUACCAGUUCAGCUGAAUCAAAGCCUGUUGGUGUCCGCAGUGUCCCCGGCACUAACCUUAGGUGCCUCGACGAUCCUUCCUUCAUGUUUGACAAGCCAUCUGUAGGUACAAGUAACUCCCCCAAGACUGGUUCAUACAAGGUACUUGAUGCUCCAACUGAACCACAGCAGCCAAAGAGUGCUGGUUACCGUGUAUUAGAAGCCCCAGGAGGUCCUUCUGAGGUUAAGGACGCUCCUGAGCAGUCUCCCACAAAGCCAGAGCCCCCUGUUAAGCCUUCACCUUACAGGGUACUUGAAGCUCCUCUUGAUCCCCCAACCAAGCCCAAGGGCUCCCCUUACCGUGUACUGGAGGCCCCAGAUGCCCCUUACUACCCCCAGCCACAGAGUGUAGGUGCAGCACAGGAGUCUAAGCCCCCUUCCCUUGUCUCCCCGUCUUCCGGUAGGACGGUAACUGAUGCACUAGACAAGGCCCGUGCCCGUUUUGAUUCCUUCUGGGGGGGCGCAAAAGAUAAAGAUCCUCCCAGCAAAGUCUAGGUGCCCAAAUCCAAUAGCCAUGUUCCAAUUUCAAGUGAGAUAUCUAUGAAGACAGUUUGCUACAUGAACAGUUACUAAAUUUAUAGGUAACAAUAACUAAUUUUUUGGUGCAUCUUCAUGGAUAUUUCUAAUAAGCCGAAGGAUGAGCUGUUAACAACCAUUCCAUGCAGAUUUUGGUGAUGUAGAAAAUUUAUGCCAUCAUCAAUGACCCCACAUUCAUGCUGGGUUCUUGGUCAACAGCACAUCUUCGGUAUAUGAAAUGUUGAGAAAACCCACAGGCCAUCAAUUCAGCCAGAUGUUUAAUCGCAAUACUCAUACUAUUUUUGUUAGUUGUCAUAGAUGCUAUUUAACUCUUUCUGGACUUCACUCAAGGCUACGCAGUAUAGUAUUUCCUGUGGGUUUUUCUUAUACGAAGCACUUGCUAGUAGGCUAAGAAUGUGAGAUUGUUUAUAAUAUGACCGAUAAGGUCCAUUUUAGUUUCUAUAUGUUUAGCUUUUAUUGAAAAUGUGAGAAUGAAAGGCAAGCCAGAGUCAUGGUGUUUGUAGGGAAUGCCAAGUGUGACCAGAGAUUCAGAUAAUUUAUCUUGUUACAACCAUUCAACUUGUCAUCUGUUUACGGUGGCUCAUUACAUUAUCUCAGAGAACUGGAACACUGCCAGAACUCCCCAAGUGUGAAGUUUUGGAGUGUAAGUGUCAUAUUUGUUGAAAGAAAGGAUAUAUACUGAUGAUGCAACACACUUGUGUAGAACUUUUAAAAAGAUGCUGAUUUACAUUUUGGAUGAACUUGUCUUAAACUUUGAGGAAAUUAUGGGUAUUCUCUGAAAGUUUUACAAAUUAAUAUCAGCAGUGAGUACUGUCUUCUGGACCUUCAGAGUAAAAUGUGUGGUUGAGUUGACAGAUAUUGUUUGAAUGAACAUAUGUUAUGUUAGGAUAUAUUAAAGUAAAACAAAAAAAAUCUGUAUUUACACUUUACAUAUCUAGAAACAGUGUAAUAAAACAGUGAUUUUAGAUAUGAACUCUAUAUAAUAGGAAUAUUGGGUAUAAUGGGUGUGUAUAUAUAUAUAUAUGCAAAUUUACAUUGGCAUGGUUUUAAACUGUGUUAUCAGUUUAUGUUAUUUAUUUAACAAAGGGAUUUAAAGUUGUAUGUGUGGAUUUGAAAGUUGUCUUCUUAGGGUAAAACUCUGCCAAAAUGAUUAAGAGGCUAACUCUCUCCUAGGUCAUGAAGUAUAACCUAGGUCGUGAAGUCUAUCCUAGGGCUUGAAGUCUCUCCUAGGUAGAACGUGAAGUCGUGUCCUAGGGUGCUAUUUCUGCUCCGAGCACUGUCUGUGUCCUAGGGAUAUAUAACUAUAACUUUAGAUGAAGUACUAGAAGGAACUUGGGUCAAACUUGGCAUUUCAUCCUGGCCUUAAUACUAAUGCCUAUACAGGGGAACACUUGGCAUCCGCAAGUCUAGAAUCAAGCUUUUAGUACUCUUGAAAGAUUAUAAAGAUAAACUUUGUAGGAUUUUUGAAAGUGUGAAUCCUAGAAGCCUGGAGUACAGUGGUCCUGAUAUGUGAGAUUUUAGCAGGAAUCUUUAGAGUUGUCUAACAUGAGGAAAUCUUGAAAGGUGCAUUAUUGAUAAUCUAAUUCACUAAACCUUGAUUAAACAUUGUAUUAUAUUCUGUCAUUGUGUAAUUGACGGUUAAAAAAAACCCUACUUAAUGAAAUUUCUUUAUCUUCAAAUUUAUACCAAAGAUGAAAGUUACAAAUGAUUCAAUUUUUAUGGCGUGAAGUGUACACUCCUGAGUUGUUCCUCUACUGAAAACUGCCAAGGGUUUGAUUAUAUAGUUUUGAAUGGUAAAGCUAUUUAUAUUGUUAUAAUUAGUAUAGUGUUGGCUAAUUAUUAUACUGGGCAGAUUGGUCUCGGUCUCUGGCAAAUUUCACCAUUAUUGUUUAUGUCCCAUGGUGAUACAUAAUUUUCCUUUUGUCACUUCAUUGUAACAGCUUAUUUUUGUAUUGUUUUGUAGUUCAUUUGUCAUGUUCUUGACUGCAACACAUUCCAUCAAGCAUUAAGGAGUUUUAUAUAUUUUUUAGGUAAUUUAAUUUUCAUUUCUCUAUGUAAAAAAUCAUAUAAAAUCCAUUGUAAGGGUCAGCAAUUUUGAUUUGGGGAUUGUGUUCCUUGCACAUUUUUAUUUCUAAAGAACCUCUCAUAAGAUCUUAACAUGAAUAGAUUUAAGUGCCAACAUAAUUUUUCAAAAUUGCUGAUCCCAGAUCCUAGCUGUGAUUUUGGUAGGUCCCGCAUCCUGUGAUGGUGAAGGGCUAUCAGCUUAGCAGAAAUCCCAACUCUGACUCAAAAUUCACUCUUUAGGCAAGAAAUUUAGUUCCCGUCCUUACUUGUAGUUUCAGCAAAGUUUUGUGAUACUUUUGAUCGAGUAACAACCAUUACUUUAUGAAGACCCAAUUACAUACAACUUUGGCAUUUGUUUUUCUCCCCCUGAAAAGGAAAUGUAGAAAAAAACAAAUUAUUGCUUUUCCUCAUUGGAGCCUUGUUAAUGCUUGGAUAGGGUUUCUAUUCCAUUGCUAAUAAGGGACUUGAACCUUACUGAAGCUCAUAUAAGGGUCAAAUCUGGCUGUCACCAUGGGGCGUCACCAUUCUCCAUCACACGACGCCGUUUACGCUUCUAGUCAAAAUUCUCGCAUAAGUUGCAGGUGUCAGCGUCAGAUCCUGCUUACCCCCCAGACUCAUUUCUAUUGCCAAUGCAGCAAGAUGUAUGGAAUUUAGGACUUUUAUUCCCUUGCCAUAUAUGAGGACAGUGAAAUAUUAAGCUUCUUGAACACUGAUUGAAACCUGCACUUGUGAUGUGCACUUGUAAGAUCUGUUCAUUAUCCCUUGUGGAUUGGUCUUUGAAGGCUGUAUUGUUUAUAGGAACCUUUCCCAUGCUUCUCUUUUACAUUUAAGUUUGAUAUUUUGAAAAGAUGAAUCAGUUUCUGUUCUCUCAUAUAUGAUUUGGGAAUUUAUGGCCAAAUCUGACGAGUUGGGAGAUGAGCAACGUCAUGGCGGGACCCUUAAGUUGUGAAUCUGACCUUACUGUAUGUACCCAUAGCACAGACCUUACAUUAAAUGUACAGCUUCAGA